AGAGAUGUGAACCGCCCGACGGCUGGCGAAGGAGACUGUAAACAACCGUCUUGACCCAAGAAGGGAGAAGAACGCGACCCCCGCCUCCCACAGAAGCGCCGGUCUGCUGCUCGCGUGGAGAGCAGGGAAGCCUGCCUGGCCCCGGCAGCCGUCGGAGUCUUCUGGGCUACUUUCCUCGCGGUCCCAGCCCAUGGUGCGCUCGGCGCGGCGGCGCGCUCCUGCGGCUCUGAUUUCCCUCCGACGCUGACAGAUGUUAAACAACAUCGGAGACGAUACGGAGCCCUGAGGGACACCAUACAAAAGUUCAGAUUUUGAAGAACAGCCGUCUCCAAGGGACACCAUCUGGAACCUGUCUGAGAGGUCCAAGGACUCAAACGAUACGAUGGACUGGGGAACGCUGCAGUCCAUUUUAGGAGGCGUAAACAAACAUUCCACCAGUAUUGGAAAGAUCUGGCUGACUGUCCUGUUCAUCUUCCGUAUUAUGAUCCUUGUCGUUGCUGCAGAGGAGGUCUGGGGCGAUGAGCAAGAUGAUUUUGUCUGCAACACUCUGCAACCAGGAUGCAAAAAUGUCUGCUACGACCACUUUUUCCCCAUUUCUCACAUCAGACUCUGGGCCCUCCAGCUCAUCUUUGUCUCCACGCCUGCACUCUUGGUGGCAAUGCAUGUUGCAUACAGAAGGCAUGAAAAGAAGAAGAAGUUCCGAAAAGGGGAUCAAAACUGUAAAUAUAAAGACAUAGAAGAAAUAAAGAGACAGAGGUUUCAUAUUGAGGGACCCCUAUGGUGGACAUACACUACCAGCAUCUUGUUCAGGCUGAUCUUUGAAGCUGCCUUCAUGUAUGUGUUUUACUACAUGUAUCAUGGGUACAACAUGCCUCGCCUGCUGAAAUGCAGUGCUUCACCUUGUCCCAACACAGUGGACUGUUUUGUUUCCCGGCCCACUGAAAAGACAGUCUUUACCAUUUUCAUGAUUGCAGUGUCUGCCAUUUGCAUUCUUUUAAAUGUAACUGAGUUCUGCUAUUUGCUGUUAAAGUUUUGUGUUAGGAGGUCUAGAAGAGCCAGAACACCAAAGCAUCACCCCAACAAUGAGAACAAAGAAGAAAGUAAACAAAAUGAAAUGAACGAGCUCAUAUCUGAUAGCUGCCAGAACACAGUAACUGGAUUUCCAAGCAGCUAAGGUGGCUGCAAUCUAACUUGCAUUUGGUAUGGAAUAGUGCGUAUUGAUAGACUACCCAUGAGCAUUAACAUGGGUAAACUUGAAUAUUACAGCAGGUUGGAAUGAGGCAUGUUACAAUUUUUUAAAGGUCAAGAAAGAAUUCAAAGAGUAUUGUGGAGAUUACAUCCUAUCUUUACUAAGUUGACUCUGAUUUGUUAGAGAGUGAUACCUGUUAGUGCUUUCACACUGAUGCAUACCCUAAAACUAAAAGGAAGGAAAUCAGCUGCCUUCCAGAUUAUAUACUAUUAGUAUUAAGAUACUUUACCACAGUGGUAAAAGUUACUUGUGCACUCUCAUCUGAAUUAAAGUAUUUUUAUAAGGUUUGAGAUUCAUGUUCCUUGGUGUUACCCUGUAUGAAUGAGUAGUAUCUUUUUUUUACUAGUAGGUUCUGAAAAACAAACGUUAAUGUCAUUGUCUUCAUUCUAAUAGCUUUCACGAUGAAUGAUUUUAAAGCAUAUAUCCUGUAUACUGCCAGUUAUGAAAUUUAGUGUACUAUAAUCCACUAAUGCUGUAUUCAUUUUUUUAAUGAUAGACACGUUGGUUUCAUGUACUGUAAAAGAUCUAAAAACAUCUUCUGAUCUUUAGAUUAUAGACUGGAAAUGUUAGUGGUAGGAAAAUGGAGGGUAGCUGGCUGAAAAUAAUGUGAAGAAAUUAUUUCAAGCAGUAUGUGCAAAAUUUUAGAACAAAGUCUUCCAAAUAAAGGAAAACUACUUCGGA